GAUAUCAACCCACACACUCAGUGGUAGUUGAAUUGAAACCAACCCUCCCUUCUUUUUCUUCAAUAUACCCACAUUCUCAUAACUCUUAAUUUUUCACAAUCAUUAUUGAAUCAAAAAAAAAAUAAAAAAAAAUGAAUGACUUAUUCUCCGGCUCGUUCUCUCGCUUGCGUAACGACCAAGCCUCGCCGGAGCGCCACCACGUCAUCGAGAUGACAGCCGCCGCAGGCGGCGGAGGAGGCAACGGCGGUGGAGUUAACCUUGACAAAUUCUUCGAGGACGUGGAGGGAGUAAAGGAGGAGCUGAAGGAACUUGAGGAGCUAGCACAGAGGCUACAGAGUAGCCACGAACAGAGCAAGACGGUGCACCAUGCAAAGGCCGUUAGGGAUCUUCGUUCACGCAUGGACGACGACGUUUCGGUGGCUUUGAAGAAGGCCAAGGUCGUGAAGCUUAAGCUCGAGUCUCUUGAGCGGUCCAAUGCUGCGAACCGGAACCUCCCUGGCUGUGGACCCGGUUCGUCUUCAGACCGAACUCGAACCUCCGUGGUCAACGGUUUGAAGAAGAAGCUUAAGGACUCCAUGGAGAAAUUUAACGAUCUUCGCCAGCUGAUCUCGUCGGAGUAUAGGGAAACCGUCCAACGCCGAUACUUCACCGUCACCGGCGAGAACCCCGAUGACAAGACCCUUGAUCUGUUGAUCUCCACUGGUGAGAGUGAGACUUUCCUUCAGAAAGCCAUUCAAGAACAAGGGAGGGGUAGAAUUCUGGACACCAUCAAUGAGAUUCAAGAGAGGCAUGAUGCUGUCAAGGAGAUAGAGAAGAAUCUGAAGGAGUUGCACCAAGUGUUCCUUGACAUGACUGUGUUGGUGCAAUCUCAAGGUGAGCAAUUGGAUGAUAUUGAGAGCCAUGUGGGGAGAGCUCACUCGUUUGUGCGCACUGGAGCUGAGCAGUUAGUGACUGCAAGGAAGCACCAGAAAAACACAAGGAAAUGGACCUGUUUUUGUAUUAUACUUGUUCUUGUGAUCAUCUUGUUUGUGGUGCUCUUCACUGUGAAACCAUGGCAACAUAAUGGCAGUGGUGGCAAUGGUGGUAAUCAGCCUGCUCCGGUUCAAACACCUCCAUCUCCUCCUCCUCCUCCUGCUGCUUAACCUUAGGGAUUAAGAGUCUAUAAACUCCUAUAUACAUAUUGGUUUCAUUUUCAUUUUUUUGUUUUUUGAGUUGAAGAUUGAGAUAUUAUGUUUUGGUAUCUGGCAAGAUUGAGACUAACAUGGAUUAGCAUAUGAUUUGAAAGGAAAUCUGUAGAGUGACCAACAGUUUUAUUUCAAUCCAUGGAAAGAUUGGAUGAUGGAUCUAUAUCUGUACUAUUGGAAGGAAAUGGUUUAUUAUUCUGUUGAGGUAGAUUUUGGAGAUCCUUAUGUUGAGCAUCAUAUUCUUUUUCUGUAACUAU